AUGCUUGUGCUUUUCUUCCUAUCCUUCGCGACGCAGCUCCUCGCACAAUCUGCAACUUCUUCAGCUACUCAACCGCCCACUUCCAGUUCAAGCAGGGCCCCAAUCACGAAUGGAACUUCGACAACCCCACCCGACGUUGCUACCACGUCAACAGUCCCGGAUGUGUACCUGAAUGUCCCCGAGCUGCACGUCGGGCGCAUUGAACUCGAUGUGGAAAAGCUGCAAGCCGACAUCAACUUGAACGCCAAAGUCGCUGGUCUUGUUACCGUCAAUGCUGGUGUCCAAGUCUCCGUGGAGAAGAUCAACAUCACGAUCGCGGAUGUCGAUGUGCAGCUGGAACUCGUCGUGCGCCUCGGCCAUCUCGUUGACAUUGUGGAGCGCGUCUUCGAGUCGCUCGACCUGAACCCUCUCCUGCUCGGUCUCAUCAACAACGUGACGAACCUGGUCGGCGAUGUCAUCGGCGCCGUUGACGGUCUUCUCGGCUCCAUCACCAACGGUGGAAAGACGCUCAACUUCCUGGUCGACAACCUGGGUAACAUUGUGCAGGAGGUCGUCGGUGGAGCCACCGGCGCUCUCUCCCAGAUCGUUGGAAACUACCAGCAGAACAUGACGCAGGUUGGAGACAUCAAGCAGCUCGGCAACGGUUUGAUCCAGAAGACAUUCUCGUACGACCCCUUGAGCGCAUUAGUCGACAUUGUGUUCAACGCGGCCGGCCAGGUCGUGCAGGCUACGGUGCAGAAGGGUAGCGGUGGUGGGUCGAGCUCGACAACGGCGAGCGCAACUGCAACCCCGAUGCCGGUGACCCUACCUGUCAGCACUGAUGCCAGCACGUCGUCUUAG